GUCCACAUCCGGCCGGGCGUGGGGAACCCAGUUGGCCUUGGCCGCCGUCCCGGGCCCGGCCAACCCCAACGACCGUCCCCGAUUUCGAUCUCAUUUCCCCGUGGUCGCCCGGCCCGGACUCCACCAUUUUCACGCACGCCACCCCGCGGCCGCCGCCCCUCGCCGCGCCCACUCAUCUUCGUCAAACCGACGACUGAGCGGCGGCGAGGGCCGGAUCGAACAAUUCGGGGGAAAACAAUCUAGGGAUACACACCCGCAGCGAGAUCGGCAAUGGAGGGAAGCAACCACGGGGGGCAGGGGCAGCCGCCGCACCAGUACCACCAGUACCCGCCGCAUCCGCAGCCGGAGCCCUACCCGUACCCCUACCAGCACCAGCAGUACCCGCCGCUGUCCGCCGCGCCGGCGUCCCCCUACCUCGCUCCCUCGACCUCCUUCCCGGCCUACUCCCCCGCGCCGCAGCAGCAGUUCGCGCACCACUCCGGCCCUCUCCAGCCCUACCCGCCGCCGGCGCCGCACCAGCAGCAGGCGUACCCUCCGCAUCCGCAGCAUGCGUACCCGCCGCACUCGCAGCAGCACGGGUACCCACCGCCGUCUCCCUCGCCGUACGGUUACGACCCCUACCCGGCGUACCCCUCCUACCCGAGCCCGGCGCACCCCUCCUACCCGAGUCCAGAGCCGAGUCCGGCGAUCUCCCCUAGCUCCAGCUUCCACCAUCAGCCCCAUCCCUCGGCCCCCGAAUCACCCGCGGCCUCCGCACUGCACUAUCCCAUCGUCGAUGGGUUCGCCAACAUGCACCUCUCCGGCCGCCAUGACUACACGCCGGCGCCCAUGUCGUCGCCCUCCGUACUACCGCAUUCUGCCUCCUUCUCAAACGGUGGAGGGAUGCAGAUGGUGCCGUACGGUACCGUGGCCGGAGGGUCACAGCAUGGCAGCAUGAGGGCGUCGCUGAAAGUGGUGCUGCUCCAUGGCAGCCUCGACAUUUGGGUGCACGAGGCCAAGAACCUCCCCAACAAGGACAUGUUCUCCAAGAGGGUCAGCGAGCUCCUCUCCGUAGGCGGCAAGUCCAACUCUAAAAUGACAAGCGACCCCUACGUCACCAUCCAGGUCUCCUAUGCCACCGUCGCUCGCACCUACGUCGUUUCCAAUAGCGAGAACCCUGUUUGGGCGCAGAACUUCCAUGUGCCUGUUGGCCAUGAGGCUGCUGAGGUUGAGUUCGUCGUCAAGGACAGCGAUGUCUUCGGAGCUCAGCUCAUGGGAACUGUGGCCAUCCCUGCCGAGAAUCUCCUUUCUGGGGACAGGAUUGAGGGCAUCUACCCUGUGCUAGAGCCCAAUGGCAAGCCGUGCGCUCCUGGUGCUGUAUUACAGCUCUCUAUUCAGUACAUCCCAGUGGCUCGCCUUACAAUGUACCACCAUGGUGUCAUUGCUGGUCCGGACUGCCUUGGAGUGCCCAAUACUUACUUCCCGCUACGCCGUGGCAUGAGGGUGACCCUCUAUCAGGAUGCACAUGUGCCCGAUGGUUCUCUCCCAGAUAUCUGGCUUGAUCAUGGAUUGCGCUACCAACAUGGGCAAUGCUGGCGUGACAUGUACAAUGCCAUAAGCCAGGCACGGCGGUUGAUUUACAUUGUGGGUUGGUCAGUGUUCCACACGAUCGACCUCAUACGGGAUGGAGCUGAGAAGGCACCAUCACUUGGGGACCUGUUGAAGAUGAAGUCGCAGGAAGGCGUUAGGGUAUUGCUUCUUGUAUGGGAUGAUCCAACAUCAAGGAGUAUUCUCGGCUUUAAGAUGGAUGGUUUCAUGGGCACACGAGAUGAGGAAACACGUCGGUUUUUCAAGCACUCUUCAGUUCAAGUAUUGCUUUGCCCAAGAUCUGCUGGGAAGCGUCACAGCUGGGUGAAACAGCAGGAAACAGGAACCAUUUUUACUCAUCAUCAGAAAACAGUUAUUGUGGAUGCUGAUGCCGGCAAUUAUAGGAGAAAAAUAAUUGCUUUUGUCGGAGGUCUUGAUUUGUGCGGUGGGCGCUAUGAUACACCUGGGCAUCCUCUGUUUCAGACUCUUCAAACUUCACACAAGGAGGAUUAUUACAAUCCAAACUUUGCUACAGUUGAUGCCCGUGGCCCAAGGGAACCAUGGCAUGACUUGCAUUCCAGGAUCGAUGGUCCAGCAGCUUAUGAUGUUCUGAAGAACUUUGAGGAGCGUUGGUUGAAGGCAUCCAAACGCCAUGGGAUUAAAAAGUUGGGGAAAUCAAACGAUGAUGCACUUCUCAAGAUUGAAAGAAUACAUGAUAUUGUAAACAUUGAUGAUGCAAUUUAUUUUAGCGACAAUGACCCAGAGACAUGGCAUGUUCAGGUGUUUCGCUCUAUUGACUCAAACUCUGCCAAGGGAUUUCCAAAGGACCCACGAGUAGCAACCAUGAAGAAUCUUGUCUGUGGGAAGAAUGUACUAAUUGAUAUGAGCAUACAUACAGCUUAUGUGAAUGCCAUCAGGGCAGCCCAACACUUUAUUUACAUUGAGAACCAAUACUUCAUCGGUUCUUCAUUUAAUUGGGAUUCAAACAAAGAUAUUGGGGCUAACAAUUUGGUACCAAUUGAAAUUGCUCUCAAAAUUGCAAACAAGAUUAAGGCAAAAGAGAGGUUUUCUGCAUACAUAGUAGUUCCUAUGUGGCCCGAGGGUAAUCCAACUGGUGCUCCUACACAAAGAAUUCUUUACUGGCAGAACAAAACAAUGCAAAUGAUGUAUGAGACAAUAUAUAGGGCCUUGAAAGAAGUAGGUCUGGAUGAUAAAUAUGAGCCUCAGGAUUAUUUGAACUUCUUUUGUCUUGGCAAUCGUGAAAUUGGGGACAGCCCUAGUACUCCAAGUACUGCAAAUAAUCCUCAGGAUCAAGCUAGGAAAAAUAGGAGAUUCAUGGUUUAUGUACAUUCAAAAGGUAUGAUUGUAGAUGAUGAAUAUGUGAUCAUUGGAUCAGCUAAUAUCAACCAGAGGUCGAUGGAAGGGAUCAGAGAUACUGAGAUUGCAAUGGGAGCAUAUCAACCACAGUAUACAUGGGCAAAUAAAAUUUCUGCUCCCCGUGGACAGAUUUAUGGCUACAGAAUGUCCCUCUGGGCUGAGCAUAUUGGAAUUAUCGAGGAAGACUUUAACCAUCCAGAGAGCCUAGAGUGCAUGAGGCGGGUUCGUCAACUCGGGCAACAUAACUGGGAUCAGUUCUUUGCCAAUGAGGUGACUGAGAUGAGAGGCCACCUCCUCAAGUACCCUGUAAGUGUUGACCGUAAAGGCAAGGUGAAACCCUUGCCAGGAUGUGCGACAUUCCCAGACAUGGGCGGAAACAUUUGUGGCUCCUUCACGGCCAUCCAGGAAAACCUCACAAUAUGAAUUCUGCUUAUGCAAGAAUGCAAUUGUUGGCUUCUUGGGUAUUCUGGACAACAGAGAUGCCGAAGUAGCACUUUCUGGUUCCUGAUAACAUAGGUAGGGAGAGAAUUUCGCAAGCCAAUAUGUAGGUAGCAGGCAAGUAGGGCAAGUUGGAAACAAGGAAAAAAAAUUCAAGUCAUUUCUGCCUUUUGGUUGUUCCCGUCUUAACUAAUCAUGUUCCUUUUACAUGUAUUCGGUCCCUGUAUAGGUAAGAUGAUUACAUGCUGGAUCCCUCUGAAGGGAACCUGGCGUUUGUAGCAAGUGACAACCACCAAGAGAAAUAGUAGUAUGUUAUAUGUAAUUUGAUGAAACUAA